AUGGCAAAUCGGCAGAAGAAACACAAGAAGCCAGCUGUAACAAAGCCUGGUGCGGAAAAACAGGUGUCUGGAAAGCAAAAGAGAACGAAAACAGGAGAGAAGCCCUACAAAUGCAUGGAAUGUGGAAAGAGCUUUGGUAACGGGACACACCUUUGUAUACAUCAAAGAAUACACACAGGGGAGAAACCAUACAAAUGCAUGGAAUGUGGAAAGGGCUUCAGUCAGAGUGCAGGUCUACAUAACCAUCAAAGAACACACACAGGAGAGAAGCCAUACGAAUGCCUGGAAUGUGGAAGGAGCUUUGGUGACAAGAUACACCUUUGUAUACAUCAAAGAACCCACACAGGGGAGAAACCCUAUGAAUGCAUGGAAUGUGGAAAGGGCUUCAGUCAGAAAGGAGGUCUACUUAUACAUCAAAGAACACACACAGGAGAGAAGCCAUACGAAUGCAUGGAAUGUGGAAGGAGCUUCAGUACCGGUGGAAGUCUACGUUUGCACCAAAGAACCCACACAGGAGAGAAACCCUUUGAAUGCACAGAAUGUGGAAAGAGCUUCCGGGAUAGGGGUGGAUAUAAUCGACAUCAAAGGGUUCACUCAGGUGAGAAGCCCUACAAAUGCAUGGAAUGCGAUAAAACCUUCGGGUCCGGUUCAAAUCUACUGACACAUCAAAAAAAUCACAGAGGAGAGAAGCCAUACAAAUGCAUGGUGUGUGGAAAGGGCUUCAGUAAGACUGAUCAUCUGCGCGUGCAUGAAAGAACGCAUUCCGGAGACAAACCCUAUAAAUGCACGGAAUGUGGAAAGAGUUUCAGUCAGAUGGGAAAUCUGCGUGUCCAUGAAAGGACACACACAGGGGAGAGACCAUACGAAUGCACAGUGUGUGGAAUGAGCUUCCGUGAUAAAGGCACAUGUAAUAAACAUCUAAGGACCCACACAGGGGAGAAACCAUAUGAAUGCGUGGAAUGUGGAAAGAGUUUCAGUUGCAGUUCUAAUCUACGUACACAUCAAAGAACCCACACAGGGGAGAAACCGCAUGAAUGCAAGGAAUGUGGAAAGAGCUUCCCUACUACAAGCAGUUUGCAGUCGCAUCAAAGAACCCACACUGGGGAGAAACCUUAUGAAUGCAUGGAGUGUGGAAAGAGCUUCCCUCAAGGUCAUGGUUUGAAAGCACAUCAAAGAACCCACACAGGAGAGAAACCAUAUCAAUGCAUGGAAUGUGGGAAGAGCUUCAGGGACAGCGGACAUUUGCGUACCCAUCUUAGGACCCACACAGGGGAAAAACCAUAUAAAUGCAUGGAAUGUGGAAAGGCCUUCAGCAAAAGUGGACAUUUGCAUGCCCAUCAUAAGACCCACACGAGAAAAGCCAUAUAGAGGCGUGGAAUGUGGAAAGGCCUUCAACAAAAGUGGACAUUUGUAUGUCCAUUAUAAGACCCACACGAGAAAAAC